AUGGAUGACAAUUGCGUGGACCUCUUGAACGCCGAAGUUUUGGAAGCUGCAGGAGUGACUGACUCAUCGGACUCGAGUGACUCUGAGGAAAGUGCCACUCCUCCUGAAACUUACGUCAAGAAAUUCCAGCCGCCGGUUGCACCAGAGAACUGCAGCUUUUUGCAACACAAGAGGACCAAAACAUUGCACGUUGUUGAUUCGAGAUUUCCAAGAAGUACGGGCUGUGGGAGGCUGGUGAGUGCAGAUUACGUCGCUCCUUCCAACGUCCGUUAUGAUGCUGCAGUUUGCCACACGUGCAGUCGACAUGCAAAGAAGGAUUCAUUCAGCUUGAGCUAA